AUGUACCAGAAGCUGCUCUUCAGGGUUUCUCCAGACCGUGACCUGGAUGAGCUGGAGGGAAGGCGGGGGGAUGCUGCUCCCCUCCCUCCCUCGCUGUCUGCCUCGCUCGCCGCGGCCGGAGCAGCGCGCAGGCGGCACUGGCAGCCCCGGCCGGGCGGCACGGCGGGCUGGGGCGCGGAGCCCUGCGCAGCGCUGCGGAGCCCAGCGGGCUCCGGCCGCCCCCCGAGCCCCCCGCCGGGGCAGCCGGCGCGCCGGUUUUGGAGGCUCGUUUUGCAGUGGCUGAACGCUGACACCAUGGCGCCGAAGCUCCCAGGAAUGGGGCCCUUCUCCCUCCUCAGCCUAGGAGUCCUAGUUCUGCUUCUGGCUCUUCCUGCUGAUGCUGGGCUCUCUCAGAAGCACGUCUCAGACGUGGUGGAUGACAGCAAAGACAACAUCACCAUUUUCACGCGCAUCCUGGACAGGCUCUUGGAUGGAUACGACAACCGCCUGCGGCCUGGGCUCGGAGACAGUGUAACCGAAGUCAAGACAGACAUUUACGUGACGAGUUUCGGCCCUGUCUCGGACACAGACAUGGAGUACACCAUUGACGUCUUUUUCCGGCAAUCCUGGCGAGAUGAAAGGCUGAAGUUUGAUGGUCCCAUGAAGAUCCUUCCCCUGAACAACCUGCUGGCCAGUAAGAUCUGGACUCCUGACACCUUCUUCCACAACGGGAAGAAAUCUGUCGCCCACAACAUGACAACACCCAACAAGCUGCUGCGCCUGGUGGACAAUGGCACCCUCCUGUACACCAUGAGGCUGACCAUCCACGCCGAGUGCCCCAUGCACCUGGAGGACUUCCCAAUGGACGUGCACGCCUGCCCCCUGAAAUUUGGGAGCUAUGCCUACACAAAGACAGAGGUGAUCUACACCUGGACCCUGGGGAAGGAUAAAUCCGUGGAAGUAGCCAAGGGUGGAUCUCGCCUGAACCAGUAUGACCUGCUGGGCCAUGUGGUUGGGACAGAGAUGGUUCGAUCCAGCACAGGGGAAUACGUCGUCAUGACCACACACUUCCACCUCAAGAGGAAGAUUGGGUACUUUGUGAUCCAGACCUACCUGCCCUGCAUCAUGACCGUCAUCCUGUCCCAGGUGUCCUUCUGGCUGAACAGGGAGUCCGUCCCUGCCCGCACGGUUUUUGGUGUCACCACGGUGCUCACCAUGACCACACUAAGCAUCAGCGCCAGAAACUCAUUACCCAAAGUGGCGUACGCGACGGCCAUGGACUGGUUCAUAGCCGUCUGUUAUGCCUUUGUGUUUUCUGCGCUGAUCGAGUUCGCCACCGUCAACUACUUCACCAAACGCAGCUGGGCCUGGGAUGGCAAGAAGGUGCUGGAGGCCCAGGAGAUGAAGAAAAAAGAGCCGGUGGCACUGGCGAAGAAAACCAACAACACCUACAACAUCGUUGGCACCACCUACGCCCUGAACAUCGCCAAGGAGCCCGGCCUGCCCACCAUCUCCAAGAGCGCCGCUGCCGCUGCCACGGCCACCAGCGUGCCCCCGAAGAUGCCCCGCCUGGAGGAGAAGCUCCCCGAGAGCAAGAAGACCUACAACAGCGUCAGCAAGGUAGACAAGAUGUCCCGCAUCGUCUUCCCAGUCCUCUUUGCCAUUUUCAACUUGGUCUACUGGGCCACCUAUGUGAACCGGGAGUCAGCUAUCAAGGGAAUGAUCCCCAAACAGUAAAACCGGUCACACAAACCUUCCAUCAGUGAGCAUCAUCCCAGCAGGAAUUCUCCAGGGCUUUCUUCUUUUCUUGUUUUGUUUAAUUAUUAUUGUUCAUUUUACUAUUAUUAUUAUUAUUAUUAUUAUUAGGUCAUUCUUUUAUAAUGUAAACAAAACUGUGGUUUUAAUUUAAUCCCAUAUACUUUGGUUUCGUUUACUUUGAUGAUGAAAGUUAAAAAAAAAACUAAGGGAUCAUAACAAGUUGUGCCUCUUAACAUCUUAAGUCUGCUGUCACCCAUCUGACCAAGUCACCCUGUGCUGCCAUCUCUCCUCUGCCACCUCCUGUGGUCCCCCCAUGGUCUUCACGCCUCUGCCAUUUCAUGCUGUCCCCAGGGGCCGCUGCUCUGGGGCUCCUCCUCCUCUGUGAUGGGCUGCCCUAGCAUGGGGGAUGCUCCUGGACACCUGAGCUCCAGGGUGUGCCAGUCACUCAGCCAGGCUCCUCUUCAGUGCCUGGCACUGUACACCCGGGCUGUGAGUGCAGGUGAGCUGGUCACCUGUGGGGAUGAGGGAGCAGCGUGGCAUGGGCCAGCUCGUAGCCCAGUGCCUGCUGGGGCAAAGCCACCACUGCUGUGGUCCCCAGAGCCAUUGCAGGGGUGGAACGGGGUGGCAGCAUCUUGUAGGUAUUGCAGGUCUUACUCCUCUCUGUCUUCACCAAAUCCAUCCUCUCUCCAGACAAGAACAGGUGCGAAAGGUCCUGUCUGCCUGCCAUCCUACACGCUUGGGGCAGUUCCUGUUGGCAGGAAGUGUGGCUCCUACCAGGGAAAUCAUUUUUCUCAGCAUCAGUCAGGAAGUCAAGACAGAAGCCUUGGAAGAGACGGUGGCUGUGAGGCUGCACGCAUUCAGCGUCAGGACUGGAAACCACAGAGGUCAUGUUCACAUGGGGGGUCUGUCACUUUCUCUUGGCCCCAUCCACUUACCCUUCUUAGCAUUUCCUCUCUGUCCCACCCCCUUCUUCCAGCUUCCCAUCCAUCUUCCUCUGGCUACUCGGCAGCCCUCAGUGGCAUCUCAGUGCUCACACGAGGAUUUAGGCAGGCCAGCUCCCUCCUCUUGGGUAAGCCAUGCUGAUGGGGAGGAGCAGAGCCUGGGGAAGUCCAGCUCAUGGUACAUCCCUGCUCUGGUGCAGGAUGUUCCCUGUGGGACCCACCGCAGGGAUGAGGCAGGGGACAGGUGGUCCCCAGGACUCUCCCUGCCCCUGGUGAGCUGGUGCAUCCUCAGCACCGUGGGAAAGCAGCAGAAGGGGCUCUUUGGAAGAGCAGGGUGACACUUCUGUCCCAUAGAGCCAUGAGAGCCAGGUGCCAUCCCACAAAGCAGCUGAGGUAAGACCCAGUCUAACACCUGCACACUCUUCCAAGGGAAGCCCUCCAGUGCCUUGGAGAGAGGCUUUUUCUCCCUUCUGACCACCACAGUGGACCCAAACCAGUGUUUGUCCCCUUCCCAGCAGCAGCACAAAGUGGUGACACCCAAGCCAUCUGUCCCUGGGUCCAUGGGCACGCUGUCCUGAUGCAAGCAAGGACAUCCCAUGCCUGAUGCUUCCUUGCCCCCAGCCCGUGGGUAGCACAGUCCUGCUGCCACAGUGGGAAGCCUCCCUCUGCCCCUCUGGCUGGCCCCCAGAGCUGCCCCCAGCACAUUUUGGGCUCAUGCAGCCAAGCCGAGGCCCCAGCACCCCCAGCGUGGUGCCUUCAGCAUUGCUUUGAGCCGCUGUGCCAGGCUUAGUUUCCCCCUGCCUGUGCAGGAGCCGGGCUGAGCACAAGGCACAGGAUUUGCCCCACCUGGAAUAUCCAUGGGGGCGGCAGGAUGGAGUGAGGAGGGCCAGGGCACUUCUUCCUGCAGCACUGGUGGCACUGGUGCAUGUCCUGCCUGUCCCUUACCAAUCUCGCUGGCUCAACAGCAGUGCAGUCAUUCCCCUGCCUACAGCUGAGAUUUGGAGGGGAGUUUGGAGAUGUUUAGUCCAGUCCCAGUGUCUUGGGUCCACAAGGAAACCCACGUGGCUGGCAACAUUGGGAAAGAGGAACCAGACCCCCCCCACGCCAAGCUGCUGCUAAGGAAACCAGCUCUGUCCACAUCCUCUCUCACAGCAUCUGCACCCCAAACCAUGUCAUUUCUACAGUGCCUUUCAUCCCCAAGGGCUCCCUGAUGGGUGGGAAGGCCCAGGAGCUCCCUUCCUCUGCCUGCAGCAUCGGGGUGGAGGAGCAGAGGGGAGGGUGCACCAUCCCCAGCCCUUCUGCUGGGCAGGGAGGACAUCCUGGCUUCUUUGGCACCUGGUUCUACUUGGCUUGGGCCUGCUGCUGCUGCUGCAGCCACCCCACUAGGACAUCCCAGCUGCCCCAUCACUGCCUCGACGUGUCCCCAAGCCCCUCGCCGCCGAGGCACCCCGUGCUCCCUCCACCGUCCCUCCAGCAGUGAGGUCCCUUCCUGCCACCCUUCUGCUCUCUGGGCUCUCCAGUGGGGAGGGCUACAGCUGUUUGUUUUGGAAACAUUUUCUUAAAUAAGCUAGGUGAAGGGUGGUUUCAUAAACCAUUCAUGUCACUGUAAUACUCAGGCCUGAGUGAAUGGAAUAGAAACCCCACAACAAGCAAAAGCGACACAAUGAAAUGGUCACAAAGAGUACGUUGUGUUUACUAAUGGAAUUAAAGCAAGUUUAGAUACUGCAUCCAGUGACUUAGCUGACUUAGCUGGCCCUGCUGCAGAUGUGGUUUCCUCUGCUAGCCUGGGAAUUCCCCAAAAUCCCUUCUCCCCCAAGAGCCACGUCGCUGUCUGUCAGUCCCUGCUUUGUAGAGCUCUCCCUAAAUUAUCAGCUCUUACCAUCAGCUGCUCAGCAGCCCAAGCACCCCGGGGCUGCCUUUGCUGCCUGCCCAGGUGGGCUCAGUGCUGUGGGGUGAUGCUCAGGAGAGGGGCUGGGUCUCUCUGAAUUGGGGCAGUGCCUGAGCCUCCUCCCUCCCUUCCUGCUGUGAUCCAACCGCUCUCACUGACCUGCCAGGGUGAAUUCCUGCCUGUACCUCCCCACAGUCCUUCCCUCUUGUCCCUCCCCAGGACACUGCCCACUGCUCUGGCUUGCCCAUGACACCCAUCUGCUGGCUCAUCUUUGCUCUCCCAAAACCUUUUCCUGAUAAGAGGCUGCCUUCCUGUGUCUGUGUGAGCACACCUCGAAAGCCAAGUCUAUUCCCAAGCAAAGCCUGGCAUGGGCUCCGAGUCUUUUUGCCAGCUGGAAGCAGAAAUACCGGCAUCCUUUGGUUAAAGACAACAAACCAAACAGGAUUUCUAGUUUGGCUUCCAAGCAGGAAAGCAUUUCGGGAAGAUAGUUAUAAAUAAGUGGUUUAACAUCUCCUGCCAGCAGACAUCACAGAGAAGAUAAUGUUCUUUUUUUAUAAAACUGUCAGUGACUCAAAUUAGGACUUUUCCUUCCCAGUUAACAUGAGGCUGUUGAUGGGGGCUUCUUCUAAGAGCUUGCCAGCCCAGAGCUAACCUAGCACCAAUUACUGGAGGUUAGGCUUGCUGUGAUGGCAUAUAAGGGCUCCAUUUUUGUAGCUGAUCCUGUACAGAAAUUCAUCUGUAUAUGGCCACUGAUAAUCUAAUCUACAGCUGUGCAGAGAGCGGACACUUCAUUUCACCGUGAACCUCAACACUCCACUAUUUCUCUUCUUCUGGCACGGCCCAAACUUCCCUGACUUGAUGAGAAUCACCCAGGCAGGAAUUGGAAGUCUUUGAGGGUGAUAAAAAUGAUCUGUUCAGUCUGCACUCUUGUUUUGCAGCUUGCACUGCCUGGGAAACACAGAGCGCAGUCCCAGGCUGCAGCUGCUGCUGGAAGUGUCAGAGGGACAUUUGGGCACAGGCAGCUCGCCCCUUCCCUCUUCUGAAACCACACACGGGCAGCAGAGAGCUGAGCCUGGGGAGGCAGGGACAGCUCAUCUGGGGUCCCUCAGCAGGCAGGGACAGUAGCACAUGGUCACUGAGAGCUCCACUUUAGUGUUAGCACGGAGAACAUCCCUGUGGGGUGACAGGAGAGGGCUGGGGCAGAGGUACUCCCUCAGUGCCACCUGUUCUCCUAAGGGGCUGAUGAAGUUACCCUCACAGAACAUCUUGAAAGCUUCUCAAACAUCACCCAGCCAGGCUGUGACGCUCAAGACAGAGCUUCCCUGCUCUCCUUUGUACACCCAGCUCAGCCUAAGCAAAGCUGGCUGCACCACAGCCAACUCAGUCCCCCUGUGCUGAUCCCUGCCAGCUCGGUGGCACUGGCAGGGUCCUGGUUCGCUUGCUGCAGCACAUCCCUGUGCAAGCAGACCCCAGGCUGGCUGUUCCCAGGCACAAGGUUGUCCCCAGCCUGUCCCUGCAAGCCCAUCCUGUGGACACCAGGUGCAUUCAUUUCUCAUCUGCCACCUUGAUUUCUUCCAUCCAUGUCUUGGAUUCCUUUUAGCCGUCCCUUGGGCAGGAUCACAUCACAUCCCAGGAAAUGGUUUCUCCUGUUACAGGUCAGCUCUCCUAGGGAGAGCCUCUGUUCUGCUGAGAAUCCCUCUGACACCUUCAGAAACCUGGGGCUGCUGCCUCUCCCAGAGGAUCCAGGAGAGUUCCACAGCACAGAGGGUGCUCUCCCAGCAGGCUUUCCUUGGGAUGUGCUAGUGCCCCCCUCCCAUGUUCUUGGUCCUGCGAGUGGUGGAGAGCUAGGGUGGGGCUGUCACAGCGCGUAGUGUCCGGCCAGUCCCCAGUCCAGGCCCUCUUCCCCAAAUUUUGUCCCUCCCUGGGGCCACACUUCAGCCCACCCGAUCAGACACCUGUGUGGAUUUUGCAGACUGCAGAGAAACAUUUCCAUGACUCCUGUUGAGGUUGGGGAGGGCUCAACCACGGCAAGGGACACACUGAUGGAAACAUAAGUGCUCUGUUAAUAUCAAAGUAGGGAGAAAAAUCAUCCAAGCAACUCACCAAUCCUCUCCAUAUCAAGCUACACUACUUCUGAAGGUAGUUUUGGCAAGAGGCCACAGCGCAGAUGGAAUCGAUGGCUCCGAGGUAUAAAUAUUUACUGUUUGACCUUGUUAUUGUUCCAUCAGCCAAAGGUUUUUACAUACAUAUAUAUAUAUAUAUAUAUACACAUGCUUGUGUGUAUAUUUGUGCUCACAAACUCUUUACAUCUCAACAUCAAACCUCAUUGUCUUUGAAAGAUAGAAUGGCCACCACUUUUAAUUAUUUUAUUUCCCUCUCAUUCUCUUUGCUAAAUCUUCUAGAUUGAGGUGAACCCUCUCCACUGGGCUUUGGGAGGCACAGGGAAUAAAGGGAGCGAGGGAAAAGAGCCUCUCCCCACUCUGGGGGCUCAGUGCAGGCUUGUUGCAUGGACCAAGGUCACUGCUGGCAGUGCUGCCCAAUAUCUUUCAGUAAAACUUGGUCCCUAAUUUCACACAGCCCUGCCCCAGACACUGGGAUGUUCCUGAGAUGGCUUUUUUAACAGCUGAGUGCUACAAGCAGUUGGUCCUCAUCCCAUUGCACAGCCAGGCAGUGUGCAGUGUGAGGUGUCCACCCUCAGUCUGCUUCAGGAGGGAGCACAAAACCUGGUGGGAUCCCCUCCAGCUGUCCCUGGCUAGAGGAACACUUUGGCCUCUCCUGCCAAGCACAGGGGAGCUCUGGCACUUGGCCUCUGCUCACUGCUUGUCCAGGUGGGAUGCAGGGAUGCCUGACUGUGUGCUGAUUGUGGGAGGUGUCAGCAGGAGCACAGGCUGCUGCUGCUGCUGCUGUCCUGCUCUCAGCACAAGCAGGACCGUGUUGGGUGGCCUGUGAGCCGUGGGGCCGUGGUGAGCAGCCCCUCGCAGAGGUACCCAGCGUCAGCUCCCUCAGCAUCACCCCUGCCUCUCCCCCUGGCUUAGAAGAACCAUUCAGGCAGUGAUCCUGCAACUGCACUUGUAGCUCCUCAGUUUCCUCCUCUGCUGCUGGACAGAGGCUGUGGCAGGCAGCAGCGAGGGCCUUGUGGUGUCCCAGCUGGGAGAAUGAAGGAUGUCACCAAUUCUUGUCCUGGGUCUGUGCCUGCCUCCCACCACGGAAAUCUGCUUUACACAGUCUUGGGCUUGGGUUGGUCCCAGCACUGGGCCUGCCAUCCUUCACCACGAGUGGGGUGAUGCUGGUUUUCGCUUACGAAGCUCUAGGACAAAACAUGAUCUGGCUAUUCUGUCCUGCUCCUCGCUGUCCCAGUGCAGAUCUCUCCUGCACAAAACUUCACCAGCUCCAUCUGCCGAGAGAGGGAAGCCUGGAUCCAGGUUUGCUGCGUGAGCCAGGGUGCUCCCACAGUCUUUGAAGGCUCUUGGCUCUUGUCUUCAGUGCUGCUUGAAGGCCCUGUCAGCUUGAUAAGACCAUUGGCUCGUGCUGCACUGCGAGCUGCACUCUGUUUCCCCUGAAAAGUCUGUCGGUGCCUCCUGUGUUCCUGCAAGGCAUCCAGCAAAUGUAGCAGCAGCCAUACAUGGAAUGAUUUGAUUUUUGCAACCACAAAAAGUAGGGGCAGAGCUGGGAAACCUGAGUCACUGCCACACUGCCUCUGCCAGGCUGCAUUUAGAGUGGAAGGGUUCCUAUCUGCUGUCACCUGGGAGUUUCUCAGCCUCCCAAAUCCAGUCAGGUGGCCUCGAGCAUCCCCUCAUCAACUGGAUUUUCACUGUCAACUGACUCGGGGAUAGCUGCAGGCAAAUGUCCUACCUGAAGGUGAGGGCACCAGCUGCUCCUUUAGGUACUGAGAGUGGCACUAGCACCAUGCUAGGGCAGCCCAUCCUGAAAAAGAGCACACCCAGCAAAUCACCAAGGAACAUGAUCAUUGUCACUGCCUCAGGUCCAAUCCGUGCCCCAGCACGUCCUCAGCUUUGUUUUCCAUCUUGUGAGACUCUCUUUACACCACUAUGAGAAAGGAUCUAGCUGGCAGCAGUUUAAUGCAUGACAAUCCUGUUAUUACAGCUGUAAAUAAAUAACAACUAGGAAAAAAUUGCAUUUUUAAAAUUUUUUGUUGACUUUAUUUUCACUAUUGACUAGCUGGUAGCCACUUUCUUAAGGGAUUUCUCAUGGAAACUGUGACCUUUCUUCUCUCUAUUCCUCUCUCUCUCUCUUUCUUUCUGAGAUUUUUUUCUGUGUUUCAAAUGCUUUUUGGUGCAAUGUUCAAUGCCUGUUUGUAUUUUUGAAUUGUAUUUUUCAACCUUUGCUGGAAAAAAAAAAAAAGGCCCAUUCUAAUUGGCAGGAUUUUUAGUCCUGCCAUUUUUUUCAGCUUUUAGCUUUUUCAGUAAGUUAAAGCAAAGAAAAAUGCCUCAAAAAAUUACAGUGAAGUUCUGAGGAGAGAUUAGAAAACAUCAGAAACAAGAAGUACAUGAGUAAGAUCAGUGAGAUGAGUGGAGGAGGAGGAGGACUCUUGUGACACCUACUAACCUCCUGAUGUAGCACACAAGGUGGGACUAGACCUCUUCACUGAAUUAAAUCACUCUGCUUUUCCACUCUACCCACUCUCUCGAACUCCGAUCAAAACAAAUAAAAAUUCAUAUUUUAAAAAAAUAAA